ACGCCGACCCGGCCCGGCCGCCCGGCGCGCGGCGGAGGGCGGGGGGACCGCGCGAUGGGCGGCGCCAUCUUGGGGGCGACGGGAACCGCGGGGGACCAAAGCUCGCUCGCUCCUUCUUUCCUUCCUUCUUCCCGCCCGCCCGCAGCUAUGGGCGCCCGGGAGCCGUGCCGCCGGCUGGAGGCGGUGCUCGGCGCCCUCUACGACCUGGGUGAAGAGCCCCGGGUUCGGGCCGCCGCAGAGGACAGCGAGGCGAGAGCAGGGGCGGCGGCGGCGGAGGAGGAGAAGCAGAGCCGGGGACCGCAGCCGGUGGCAGGCGGUGCCGGGCGGCGCGCAGCCCGCGACUUCUUCGGGGAGCUCCGGGCCGAGCUGAGCACCGCCGCCACUGCAGCCCCGCCGGCCCCCGCCGCGCCGCCGGCCGUGGAGGUCGUAGUGUUCCACGGGAGGAAGAGGAAGGGGAAGGGGCUGCCCGUUCCCUCGGCAGCAGCCGCCGGCCGUGCGCAGACCAAAGUAAUGGAUGAAGAGAAAAACGUGAAGGAACAAGAAUUUAACUUUGAAAAAGCUCGUCUGGAAGUGCACAAGUUUGGAAUCACGGGCUACAAGAAGCAGGAUCAACGCCUGUGGGAACAGGAGCGUGCUAUCAUGCUGGGAGCCAAGCCCCCCAAAAAGGAACACGUGAACUACAAGACUUACCAAGAGAAAAUGAAAGAGGAAAAAUCAGCGAAGGAUGAUGACAAAGGAAAGGAACAUAAAGGGGAUUCUCUUAAGAAGAAGAGGAAAGAACAGAAGGAGAGGAAGGCCAAAAGGAAGAAAUCAGUGCCUAGCAUUUGGCCUGCAGGACAAGUUGGAAAAUUCAGAGAUGGGACUUUGAUUCUGCAAAGCCGUGACAUAAAGAAAAUUAAAUCCUCUAAAGUUGCCAAAUGAUCUUGUGCUACAGAGUGAAAUGGACAAUACACCUGAGACAGAAUUCAUGUUUUUCUACCAACACAGGCUUACAAAGCCUCUCACCUUCCCACUAUAUCCUGAUAUUUUUUUACCUUAUUUGUUGUUGCAGGAUUUUCUAUAUUCCACUCUGCCCUGGGAAGAAUAUGAGAAUUAACCACUUUAUAAAUAAAAGUAAGACUUCUUACUAAGAACAUUACACAGGCUAUUUGUAUUAGCCAUUAUGUCCUAAAGGAAGCAUUUCACUGUCUAGAAUCAGCUUAUUGGCUAGAAGUAAAAUAUCCAUUUAAUCCAUUGAUUAAUGGAUUAAAAUGUGUAGCUCUUCACUUUCAUCUGGAAGGAACAUGGAAGAAAUAAUACCUUACUCGCUCUGAACCUUGAAGUAGAUAUUCUCGAGCACUUAUCAGGUAUACACCUGUUUGUAUCUUGAUGAAUUGUUAGUGGAUAGUGGAACUGCACAACAGUUUUGCUGUUGAACAAAAACCUCUUCAAGUUUCUAAACUAUCUGCUUUGGAAUGAAAUGAGGUUUUUUCUAGUGCCAAGUAAGAGUUACAGCGUUAUAGUUGCGUAUCUCUGCAGAGAUCUCCAAGUAAGCAUUGUUUCAAAUAGUGGUUUGGUGGCUUGCUUGGUUUGUUUUUAAAAACAAAACCACAUAAAACUGAGCAAAAUUAAUAAUAGAUAGCCAUGAACAACCAGAAGCACGGGGUAGCUCCUAUGUAGCUCAUGUUUGUUUUGAUCCUGUGCCUCAUACGGCUUUUCUAUGAAAUCUUUCUCAGAACUGAAGUUUUGGUGCUAUUUGGACUUGAGCAGUUUGGGUGUUUCUGAAAUAAAAGGUCUGUCCUCUAUAGCUUAAUACCUUUUUGUUGCUGUUGUUUUUAAGGUUGUAUUUUCAUAAGAAAUGGCAAUGAUUAGUAACCUCCCCAAAUGUCUUCUCCAUUCUACCUUAAGCUAAAGAAACUUGAAGAUUUUAGGGGGAGGCAAAAAUAAAGUCAACUGUUAAAUGACAGAGGAAAAGGUU